GUGAUUACGGUCACACUUAAAGCGGUGUCUCGCAGCUGGCUAGCAAACGGCAAAUGUUUGGAAAUGCAUUUCAUUCAGAUAUUAACAAUUGCUAAUUGAUAACAUGUCCAUAUCGGAACACCAUCGCUCAGGAUUGCGCGAUCUACUGUGUAAUGAGACAAAUAUACCCGUGCUGCUGCAACUGGCAAGGAGUGUAACAAAAAAUGUGUGCAGCAUCGAUGAGCCCGAAGAGGCUUUAGGUUACCUUAUAACACAGGUCGGCGACACACACAAACUGCUACAUAAACGACAUAUCACAAAAGAUUUGUUAUUUAGAUACCUGAACACACGUUUACCUGGCACCUCGACAGACUUCACAAAAGCCGAUUUGGUUAUGAAAAUAAUCCAGUAUUGGGACAAACAGUUAAAUGGGGCAGUUUCAAAAGCUCCGGACUCCACUCAUGCGGACGCACCCUUAAUGCAGAUAGCUAACGAACAGGACUACCCAAUACAUCUGAUGGCACGCAAAUUUGGUGAAUGGUUUUUCAACAAGUAUAAUUCUGAUAGCUUAAUUCUGUCCGAUCUCUGGAGCGAUGCAGCUCUGGAGAUGAAAGUCAUUGCGGAUGAUGGAGCCAGCGACUUUGAAUGUUGCAGCGCUGAGCAGGUGCUCGAAUGCCUAGUCAGAGCUAAACAGACAUUUGGCUUCUACUUCAAUCCUAACUUAUCGCAUUCUGGUGUCCAAGGACGCAUCGAUCCCUAUGGCCAGGUUAUCGUGCUCUGCUGUGGCACACUGCACUCAGCCGAACGCUCUGUGGGUGUAUUCGAGUGCGCCUUUGGACUACUGCGCGAUCCGAACGAAGGCAACAACUGGAAACCCAAGAAAUUCAAGUGUUUGCUGCGCAGCGAACUGAGUCCGCCUCGAUUACACACCUUGGAUGAAAGCAAGACGCUACAAUUAGCAUUAACUCUGCCCACGCCAACUGACGCACUUGACUAGGUGGCUUAAAUAAAGCUAUAGGACUAUGAAUAACCUAGAAUUAAGGCUGACUGAAUGAUAUUUAUUUGUUUAGAAUGUACUAAGCAACUAGUCUGUGAAUGAAAAUUUUCAGUUUUUUUUUCUAUCUGAAAUUUCUAAUUUCUUUUGUAUGCUAUCUAAAGUAUGUAAAUGCUGGCUCAACAUGAAAGUGAACCGAGAAUAUGUAUAUAUAUAUAUAACAUACAUAUAUUUAACAUGCCUAAUACAAAUCUGUGUAGUCAAUUUUUACGAACUUAUAAAGGUUGUUCAAUUCUGUCAGACUUAAAAUGUAGGAAUUCAUUUCUUCUUACUUGUAUUAAACAAAUUUAUAAGCUAAUGUCUAGGCUAAUAAAUGCUGACUAUAUUAUUGUAAAGUUA